AUGGCGGAGAGCAAGCGCCAGAGCAUUGCCGGCAAGAUUGCGACGCCCAAGGUUGGGCCCUCCAAGGACGGCAUCGAUGGAGACUCGAUCCUAUACAAGGCCGUUGGCGCGCGCGUCAAGAUAACAUGCGCUCCCCACAACAACGUGCUCGAGGGCACCCUCUUCACAACCUGCAGCGUAACUAAUGCCAUCGCCAUCAACACCGCGCCCGCCCCGCCGAACCCUUCCGCCCCGCUCUCGAACCAACCGGGGGACUACCACAUCAUUCCCUUUGCGCAUAUCCUCAGCUUUGAGCUGAUUGGCAGCGGCGAGCGCGUCUCGGAUUCAGGUCCCGGUUUCGAUGGUUCGCUUCCGCCCAUCUCGAAGGUGGAUCUGGCAGCUAUCAGGGCGAGGGAGGAGCAGACUAUCCGUGAGAUGAAGAAGAAGGAUGCGCAGAAGGGCAAGGGCGUGAGCAAGGAGGCUCAGGAGAUCUUCGAUGCUGUCUCCAGGCUCCUUCCCACCCGCUGGGCCGACGCCCAAAUCGUCGUCAACGACGCCGUCCUCAUCAAUCCACCCUACACCGUGGACAACCUCGCCGCACCAGCCGGCAAGGAGCGAAGCGUGGAUCAAGUCCGCAAGAUCUUGGAGAACUAUUACCAGCGCAAGAAAAACGCAGGUGCACGUGCACCAGUCGCUACACCCAUUGCGCCGCGAAAGGGCGGCUGA